AUGGCGGAGCAGGAGACUCUUCCCACAGACAGCUUAGAAAACAUAUUUUCUCGCCUAUCCACUGGUGUCCUUUUCACGUUCAAAAAAACAAGACCGGGUAGUACAAGGGAUCAUGUAACAAAAAUCUACUAUGGAGAUCCUCAACACGAAGGUAAGAUCAAGAAAUACUAUUCCGAGAAUACACUUACAUCGGUAGUCCCUACGGUGGCUAUUUUGGAACCCAAUGGCAUGGUUGGUUCAUGCAAUGGUUUGGUUUGCUAUAAAGCAGUAGAUCCAAUAUAUUCCAAAGACGGUCUUGCCUUUAAAUGUAACAAUCCCAUAACCGGAGAGACUGCUUAUAUUCCUGGGUUGGAGAACCGUGGGCGAAGUUUAUUACCACCGGUAGGUGGAUUCGGUUAUGUUGGUUCAACAAAUGAGUACAAGGUUAUUCGAAUCUCUUUCAAGUAUUGGGGGCCAUAUUUUCAGGUAUAUACUCUUGGUAGUCAUCUUGGAUGGAGAGACAAAGGAUUAAUUGUCCCACCUGAUCGAACCUUCGAAGCUGACGAGUCAGGUGUCUUUUUUAAUGGAGCCCUUCACUGGAUCAACGUGAAAGGGUUUAAGUAUAAGCAGAUGAUUUUAGCUUUUGGGUUGGCCGAUGAGUAA